UUGUGUUCGAAAAUCCCGUUCAAUUUCGUCGAGCCAAUUACAAAUACCCAGAUUUUUUCGUUUUUUUGGUUUUUGCGUUGUAACCGUAAAUUUGUUGAUCGUAUUGGGACAGGCUUUACCAUGAGUGCUGCAUACUCGGCGUAAGGCCGCCGCUUCCCUGUAUCGUUAUCUAUCCGUGCUGUGUUAUUGUACGAUGAAACGUCCAGUCGCGAACUCAGCCGCGGCCGUCCGCUCCCGCCGCUCCCACACCGUCAUUCCCGCCGAUCCCUCAUCCGCACCCCCUCUCCCGCCUGAUCCCGCGCUGCAGAUGGAUCUGCGCCGCAUCACCCGCUCCCUGUCGCAGUCGCGCUGCGUGCUGGCCGUGUCCGCGGAGAGCCAGGCCGAGCCUGACCCGCGCGCAGCCUCGGAGGCCGCAGCGUCGCCGCAGGUCUCCUGCUACUCGCAGGCCUCCUCCCUCCCCGACCCGGCGCCGUCCCCCGAUGCGGCCAGCCUGGCGGAGGCCUCCUCCGUCUCCGGCUCCAGUAAUCACGGUCCGCGACACCUUCCGCCCGCCCCGCCCUCCUUCUACAGUGAACGCGUGAUGGCCAGCCCGACGAGCAUCUUCCACCGCCGCAAGACGCCCUUAUCGGCCCCCACUGUGACGACUCGCGGUCCCGCGACCAUGAGCCCCUUCCGGCCGGCCUCCGCCCCGCAGGGGGCCGCGUUCCCUCCCCGUCCCGCGGGCGGGGUGAGGCGCGCAUCCCAGUCCGGUGAUUUCUUCGUGCUGACCAGUUGGCAAGUGAAGGUGGCGCUGGUGGCGGCCGCGCUCUUCGGCUUCGUCCUGGCCGUCGUCUACAUUAAUUUACGCCCGGCGCCGGCGCCCACAGCGCUCAUAGAAGGACAGUGGAUGCCACGCGUUGGGCUGCCGUGCGCGCAGAAUACGCCGUCUCCCAACACGGAGAUCAACCCGAGAAAAGACGACGAUGCGGUGGGCAGUCCCGACCCGUCCGGGGCGCUGAACCCGCCGGAGCCGCAGAUUGCCUUCGAUUACGCGCUGCUGUCGUUGGGCGCCCGUGUGCUGAGCACCCGCGACACGCAGCCGUUGACCGUGUUCGACGCCAAGAUCCUCGGCUUCACGGUGUACCAGGAGAGCGAGUGGAAUUCCCUACAGGAAGCGCCACUACUUCCCCUCAUCGUCCCCGGACGCUGCUGGCGCUUCCAGGGAUUUCCUGGAAGACUGGUGAUCCAGCUAGCCGAGCCGGUGGACAUCAGCGCCUUCUCGCUGUCGCACUUGAGCAGCCGCAGCGUCCCGCCCUCCCGCCUGACCUCCGCGCCCUCCCACUUUGAAGUGUGGGCGUUGGCCGAUGAGAACGACGAAGACGGCGUGUUGCUGGGCAACUACACCUACGUUUUAUCCCCUCUGCGGCCCAGUCAGCAUUUUCCGGUCCAGCAACCACUGGAUCGCGCCGUGGCGAUUGUGGAGUUGCGGGUGCUGGCCAACCACGGCCAUCCGCACUUCACCUGUGUCUACCGCUUCAAGGUCUUCGGAAUGCCGGUGGAAAACAUGCCGGAUGAGUGAUUUCCGGGUAACAAUGUGUGACGGAUGUUUUUGAACACGGUGAAGGUAUUGUGUACGGGAUUUGUGUACGGUUUCCUCGAUUUUGUUGUUGUUUAGCUCCUUUUUUUGUAUUUACUAUGUCGUCGCAGCCGGCUGGUUUUGUAUUCGCGGGCGGUCUGCCGGUGACCUUUACCUGUGCGUCCGGUUCACUGGUGAUUGUGCAAGCCGAUAGCAUAAUGGUUUUUUAUGGAUGUUUGCCGGACUAAUGUCGGUACGAAUAUGAGAAUGGUAAUAAACG